UGAACAGUGGUGACGGGUAGUGUAAUGUCCGUUUGUAAGAUUUCGGAUCUCGGGUCGGCGCUGACGGCCUAGCGAUGGCCGAGUUUAACGUCGACAUCGGCAAGCUUCCCGAGGAUGUACGGGAGAAGCUCGCGGAGCUGGACCUCGAGCUUUCCGAGGGGGACAUCACGCAGAAGGGGUACGAGAAGAAGAGGACCCGCCUCCUGCAGCAGUACGCGUCGAAGCAGUUCGGAAAUGGAAACGGCCUUGGCUGCGGUAGCGACGGUGGCGGAGGUGGCGGAGGUGGUGGAGGUGGUGGAGGUGGUGGGGUAGGCAUCGGAGGACGCCCUCAAGCACGCGCGCGACGCACGCAACGUCGCGUCACGCACUCCGAGAAAAGAUAUCACUCAGGAGGAAGGCUAGUCCCUGGCGGUAUCGUCAGUCCUCCAGGAUCCGGAGGAUCCACCGGUAACACCGCUAACUCGAAUUCCGCAGCCGCGAGACGCGGAAACCGCCGGCUUACGCGGAACGAGAGCCGCUACCACUCCGAGGUGCGCCAGGAGGCGGUGCAGCAGGCCCUAGCGGCGAUGCAGGGUCGUCCUAAGCCGUCCUUGCCGAUGCCCUCGAAGAGGACCUCCGUGAUGGCGCGGAGUCCGGAGCGGGAGAGGGAGAGGGAGAGAGAACGAGAGAGGGACCGCGACCGGGACCGGCUAGAGAGCGGCGAGUCCAGCAGCGACGAGGACAGCGUGGUCACCGAGGAGAGUCCCAGUCCUGGGGCCGGUGGUCCCACGGGAACCGGCCUCUCGGAUACCAGCAGCACGGGCUCUGCCCGCGACACCCCGCCCCCGCCUCGACCCCCCGCCAGGAGGCCCCCUGCAGACAUCACGGACAUCGCCGAGUACGCCGCCCACGUGGCCUACUGCAACGUGCAGCCCCCCGACGUGACCCACGGUACGGCCCAGUCGAGGAGACCGUGCGCCGACCGGGUGAACCGGUACCACGCGGUGGAGGACAGCACCGGUACCACCGGCCGGUGGAAGGUCUCCGCAAAGAUUCAGCAGCUCCUCAACACCCUGAAGCGGCCGAAGCGCCGACCCCUGCCGGAGUUCUACGAGGACGACGACAUCGAGCUGGAGAUCGCGGCGAACCCGAAGGACCCGAACGCGCCGAAGCCGGAGGGUAGCUCGAUGACCUCGGCCGUAGGCGAGGUCCUGGCGGUGCCCUCGGGUCUGCCGAGGUCCCUGGAGGCCGCCGUGCAAAGGUACGGUUCGGGAUCCUACAAGGCUCCGGCAGCGACCGUUCUCGACCCCAACGGGAAGCUCUGUGUGACCCUGACCUACGGCAAGCUGCUGAGCCGCUCGCACAAGAUAGCCUACACCCUUCUGAACAAGGCCCUGGGCCGUGGCGGCGAGUGCUGCCUCAAGCCUGGAGACCGCAUCGCCCUGGUCUACCCUAACAAUGACCCCAUCAGCUUCAUGUGCGCAUUCUACGGCUGCCUCCAGGCUGGGAUCGUCCCAGUACCCAUCGAGGUACCUCUGACGCGACGCGAUGCAGGGUCUCAGCAGAUCGGGUUCCUCUUGGGGAGCUGCGGCAUCCAGGUGGCUCUGACGAGCGAGGCCUGCCUCAAGGGCCUUCCCAAGACCGCAGCGGGCGAGGUCGUCGCCUUCAAGGGCUGGCCGAAGCUCCACUGGUUCGUCACCGAGCACCUGGGGAAGACGCCGAAGGACUGGCUGCCGCCUCCGAGACUGACCGACGACACCGCUGCUUACAUCGAGUACACCACCGACAGAGAUGGCUCCGUGAUGGGCGUUACCGUUACCAGGGCUGCGAUGCUCGCCCAUUGCCGGGCCCUGACCAUGGCGUGUGGGUACACGGAAGGCGAGAACGCCGUCUGCGUGCUGGAUUUCAAGCGCGAGGUCGGCCUCUGGCACAGCACCCUCACGAGCGUGCUCAACGGGAUGCACGUCGUCUUCAUCCCCUACGCCCUGAUGAAGGUGAAUCCUGCCAGCUGGAUGCAGAUGAUCACGAAGCACAGGGCCAGCGUCGCGGUGGUCAAGUCGCGCGACCUUCAUUGGGGCCUCCUGGCCACGAAGGACCACAAGGACGUGUCCCUGUCGUCGCUGAGGUUGCUGCUCGUUGCGGACGGCGCGAAUCCCUGGUCGCUGUCCUCGUGCGACCAGUUCCUCUCGGUGUUCCAGUCGAAAGGGCUCAGGCCGGAUGCCGUGUGUCCUUGCGCGUCUUCCAGUGAGGCGCUGACGGUGUCGGUCAGGAGGCCUGGACGAGCAGGAGUCAACGCGACCGGUCGCGGCGUCCUCUCCAUGUCCGGCCUCAGCUACGGCGUCGUCAGGGUCGACCAGGAGAAUUCUCUGACGUCGCUCACCCUGCAGGACUGCGGCCAAGUCAUGCCUGGGAGCGUCGUCGUCGUUGUCAAGAUGGAGGGCCAGCCCUUUGUCUGCAAGACGGACGAGGUCGGCGAGAUCUGCGUGAACAGCGCCGCCACCGGGAGCCAGUACUGGGGCCUCCAGGGCCUAACCAACAACACCUUCAAGGUGUCGCCUCUACAGGCGGACGGGACGCCUCUGGGCGACGCCGAGUACACGCGGUCCGGGCUUUUAGGGUUCCUGGGACCUGGAGGACUGGUCUUCGUUUGCGGGUCCAGGGACGGCCUGAUGACCGUCACCGGCCGGAAGCACAACGCCGACGACAUCAUCGCCACCGUCCUCGCGGUCGACCCGAAGAAGUUCAUCUACCGCGGGAGGAUCGCCGUCUUCAGCGUGAGGGUCCUGCGGGACGAGAGGAUAUGCGUCGUCGCCGAGCAACGGCCGGACUGUAGCGAGGAGGAGAGCUUCCAGUGGAUGUCGAGGGUCCUCCAGGCCGUGGACUCGAUCCACGCGGUCGGUAUUUACUGUCUCGCCCUAGUGCCGCCGAAUUAUCUCCCAAAGACGCCCCUCGGCGGGAUCCACCUCUCGGAGACGAAGAGGCGGUUCCUCGAGGGCACCCUGCACCCCGCCAACGUGCUGCUCUGUCCGCACACCUGCGUGACGAACCUGCCGAAGCCUCGCGAGGUGCACUCGGCGGGGGAUUCUGUUGCAGACGUUGGUCCGGCCAGCGUGAUGGUGGGCAACAUCGUCCAGGGCAACCGGCUGGCCUCGGCUCAAGGUCGGGACAUGGGAAUCCUGGACGAGGACAGCGACAACGCCAGGAAGUACCAGUUCAUCUCGGAGAUCCUGCGGUGGCGCGCGGUCAGCACCUCGGACCACGUCAUCUUCACCUCGCUGAACGCGAAGGGAGCCGUCGCGACGUCCUUGUCGUGCUCGCAACUUCACAAGAAGGCCGAGCGCAUCGGCAACCUCCUUCUGGACAAAGGAAGGAUCAACACGGGGGACCACGUGGCGCUGAUCUUCCCUCCGGGAACGGAUCUGAUCUGCGCCUUCUACGGGUGCCUCUACGUCGGCGCGGUGCCCGUCACCAUCAGGCCUCCUCAUCCCCAGAACCUCCAGACGACCCUGCCGACCGUGCGCAUGAUAGUCGACGUCAGCAAGUCCGUCCUCGUGCUCUCCAACCAGAACAUCCUGAAGCUUCUAAAGACGAAGGAGGCCAACAACGUCGUCGAGGCGAAAACCUGGCCGACCAUCCUGGACAUGGACGACAUGCCGAAGAAGAAGCUUCCCGUGAUGUACCGAGCCCCGACCGCGGAAAUGCUGGCCUAUCUGGACUUCAGCGUCUCGACGACGGGCAUGCUGGCCGGCAUCAAGAUGUCCCAUGCCGCGGUGACCUCGCUCUGUCGCGCCAUGAAGCUCGCCUGCGAGCUCUACCCCUCUCGACACAUAGCUCUCUGCCUGGAUCCGUACUCAGGACUGGGAUUUGCGUUGUGGUGUCUUAGUAGUAUCUACAGCGGCCACCACUCGAUCCUCGUGCCGCCUUCAGAGGUCGAGGCUAAUCCGGCGCUCUGGCUGUCCACGGUGAGCCAGUCCAGGGUGAGGGACACCUUCUGCUCUUACGGCGUGAUGGAACUCUGCACGAAGGGCCUGGGCUCCUCGGUGCACGCCCUGAAGGCGCGAGGGGUCAGCUUGGCCUGCGUUAGGACCUGCGUCGUGGUUGCCGAGGAAAGGCCGCGAAUCGCCCUGACGACGAGCUUCAGCAAGCUCUUCUCCGCCCUUGGACUGAGCCCCCGAGCCGUGUCCACGUCCUUCGGGUGCAGGGUCAAUACCGCGAUCUGCCUGCAGGGUGCCUCCAGUCCCGAACCCUCCACCGUCUACGUGGACUUGCGAGCUCUUCGCAACGACCGGGUCUCCCUGGUGGAGAGGGGAAGUCCUCACUCUCUCUGCCUUAUGGAAUCCGGCAAGUUGCUGCCCGGCGUCAAGGUGAUCAUCGCCAACCCGGAGACCAAGGGCCAGUGCGGCGACUCCCACCUCGGCGAGAUCUGGGUGCAAUCUUCGCACAACGCCAGCGGGUAUUUCACCAUCUACGGGGACGAGAGCGAUUACGCGGACCACUUCAACGCCAGGCUGGUCACCGGAAACACCGGCGAGGUGUAUGCGCGCACCGGGUACCUCGGGUUCCUGAGGAGAACCGAGAGCGUUCAGCAGUCCGCCGUCGGUGACGUCGCCGCGGACUCACCGGGCAUCGCUUCCGAGGGUGACGUGGGUUCCUCGGAUGCCGAGCUCCACGAUGCCGUUUUCGUCGUCGGGGCACUCGACGAGGCCAUUCUCUUGAGGGGGAUGCGGUACCAUCCCAUCGACAUCGAGAACAGCGUCAUGAGGUGUCACAAGAAGAUCGCCGAAUGCGCCGUCUUCACGUGGACCAAUCUGCUGGUGGUCGUCGUCGAGCUGGACGGCAGCGAGAGCGAGGCCCUGGACCUGGUGGCCCUGGUGACCAGCGCAGUCCUCGAGGAGCACCACCUCGUCGUCGGGGUGGUCGUCGUCGUCGACCCCGGCGUGGUCCCCAUCAACUCGCGCGGGGAGAAGCAGCGGAUGCACCUGCGAGACGGUUUCCUCGCGGACCAGCUGGACCCCAUCUACGUAGCGUACAACAUGUGAACCGCCGAUCGGUUCUUACCGGGCAUUCAGGUCACCGCGAUCUCCGUUCCCACCGACUCAGCCGCACUCCGGCUCGUUUGCGUCGUCGAUCGGUACCAGGGAUCGUCUCUCCUCGUAGGACCCUCUUUCGAGUACUCCUGGAGACCCUCUAGGACCUUGAUAACGCGCCUUAAGCAUCUCCUUGGACGUCUUCUUGUACCUUCGCUUCUUGCGCACCCACUCGAGGCGAUGGACACCCUGAAGAGGUGCCUAUCGUCUCCGGUGGAGGUGCUCGAAUUUUAUCGGGUAGGCGGUGGAUCGCCACGUACAAGCGGAUCCUUGUUCAAGGAAGAUGAGAAAGGAUCUUCCCCCGCGUGGGAAAGCGUCAACCGUAGGGUACACGACGAACGUGGGACGUGCGAAUCGUCCCGGUCGCUAAUUGACAGGACGUUUCCCUCGCACAUCGCGCGGUUAAUUGCUAGAAUGGGAGGAGUGACCUUUUAAUUCCGCGCGUCCGCGGAAUACGGGGAGAGGAGAGAUAUCCCGUGGUUCUCGUCGACGGAAAACCCACAGAGGCGAAGGACGACAACGCGUAAAGGCCACCCUGGCUAUCGAAUGCGCACAGGGGCAGCUAUUGCGCCUCCUCCUCUUCUUUUCGACCAGUUUUUUACGGGAUUUGGCCGUCGUUAUCGUAGCCUAGGUAAAGAAUUAACGCUAAGAGGCGCUCGAAAUAGCCCCACGUGGUGGAUAACAGGACCCCCCUCGGGUUGUCCGUCUUUUUUAUUAACAAUCGUCUGCGCUAGCCUGUACGUGAUCUUUUAUACUGUAGGAACACUCGUCGCCCUGAGUGAUGGGGGACGUUUAACACGGGAGAAAGAAUACGAAAUGCAACAAGAGAUAUAUACGUAGAUCGAUCGACGGGGAGGUACACAGGUGUGGGCCGAUUAGCUUGCGAAUCUUGUGAGGACGUAACGCGAGAUGGAACGAUUGGACAACCGGACGUCCAAUAUAGUCAGUAGACGUACAGUCAUGUAUCCUUAGACGCACAAUGAGAGACGAGGAAAGGAACGGACAGAGAGCAAGGGAACCGAACGUUGUCUUGAGCGCGCGACUGCCGAAACUCGCCGAUCUUUCCCUGGACCAGGAUUAUUUAUUUGUAACGAGAGAGGAGUAUUGCGGAGGACUUUUAUGCGACACCUCGCGUAGGCGUAACGAGUUUUAAUCACUUCCUUUCGUGGUAGCCUUCGUUUUAACGUCGUAGCUCGUUAAGCGGACGUCUCGAGGAACGGAUCUCUCGGGGACCUCGAGGUGUCGCGAGUGACCGAUUACUCGGUUAUUAAUUUAUUCUCGCCCUCCCCCCCACGUUUCCGCAGCUCUCGGUUAUACAGAAUUGUCGACUCGCGGUGUGAUCGGCUAUUUUCGACGGGCCUGCGGCGCGACGCGACGUCGAUGCGACGGUGACGCGACGUCGACGCGGCCGCGCCCGUCCCCUUCCUCCCGCCAGGGAGACCUGUACAUUUGUUAAUAGUCUUAUAAUUUUAUACCUUUGCGUUUUUAACCGCUCUUCGCGAUUACGACCUAGGACGUAGAUCUAUACGUAGGCAUCGCCAUGUACACCGCGGCCGACAUUGCGGGACGACGACGCGUCGCCGUCUAGCGGCCGUCUGCCGUAACUUUUGCCCGUUCCGUAGGUGAGGAAUAAACGAUGGCGGAGAAUCUGCUCUCCUUCAUUUAUUAAGGCCGCCCCCCUUUUUAUGGUCGAUUCAGACUACUCGAUACACUCGACGAAACUUUGUUAAGGUGGAUUCAUGCCGAUUGAUACUUUGUAAGGGUCGAUUCAGGCUGUUCGGUACUUCUCGAUGGCGAUGCGGAAAUGCAUCGUUAAGGUCGACUUGGACUGUUCUAAGCGAAUCGGUUGAGCCACUUUUGCAAGUAUUGCUCUGGCAAAAUGUUCUGACACGUGGUUCAAUGGCACGGUUCAAUGUGUACGCAGGUCGAUUAGGGUGAACGGUGCCAUUGAAGCGCGUUUUAAUCCCGUCAUGCGUAUAGUGUCAAUGAUGACAUUGAGCGUGUGUUAGGGGGUGCGGAAGUGGCAUCUGAGAAGUCAAUCGUUCAUGAUGCUUUUCUCCAAAGUGGGUGUAUCGAAUCGUUUCAAACUUUGGA